UGCUGUUUCUCAUGUUCACUGCAAACAAACAGAUACAGUAAAAAGGUAAGGUUAGGUUACAUCCUACUUGAGAGGUUUACCGACAACAAAAGCUAUUCACGCAAAAGAAGCAAAAAACUUGUUUGUUGUUGCCUUUUUGCUCUCUCAGUCUCAUUAUUACAGUUACAGUUUUUUUUCUUCUUCUUCCUUCUCUUCCAUCAGUCUCUGGGUUAACCUCAUCUAAACGCCAUCUUCACAAGUAUCACAAGCAUUUUACGUCAAUCUUGAAAUCUGCUCAUAACCAUCUUCACACCAAACACUAUGCUUGGUAUCUGACAAUUUUCGUGUUUACAGUUUGAGAGUGAAAAAAGGAAAAUCUUUUUGUUACCUUUUCAUUCAUCAGUUUAUUGGUCAUUCAUUUAAAGUUAUUUUGUUUGUUUUUUCAUCCUUUUAUUGCCGUUGUUGUUGCUGUUAAUUUUGUUGUUUCAUUUUUUAAAAUUUCAUUUCUGUUGACUUGCCGUGUUAGUGCGCUUUAUUUCAACUUUUUUGGCCUUUUUCUUGUUUACUUUUUGUUUGCUUCAAUCAUUUGCAUCGACAUUGACUGUUUUCAAACAUUCAUCUUGAACUCGGUGAAUUUGUUAACAUGGCCGCUGUUGAACGGGAAUACAAUCCAUUUGCGUUGAGCGGUCCUCCAACCUACAGUCCAAUGGAUCAUCAUCCUCACCUACCUGGUCAUCAUGUUGCUGAUCUUAAAGCAUUUGCAUCUCAUCAUUCACUUUACCCAUCUUUACACUCUCAUCAUCACACCUUUCCAAACCUGUACACCAUUGGACCUCCGCCACCACCAUCUUCAUCCUCUUCAACCGUAGUCACACCAACCGCAACGCAUCACCAUUCAUUUACGAACCUUCACAUGGCUCCAACUUCAUCCUCAUCUCCAGUCACUUCACCAACAUCUCAAGGAUCUUACGCAUCUCAUCAUCAUGCUUCUGCAUAUCAUGCAGCUGCUGCAGCCGCAGCGGCCGCAUUGAACAUUAUGCCACCAACACCAACAUCAACACCGACAUCAACUUCAUCUUCUUCUUCUUCAUCCUCAUCAUCAUCCUCUUCAAACCAUCACAACUCCAAUAACAAUAAAUCAACAAACUCAAGCAAUAUCGUUAAUCAUCAUGACGAUGACUCUAACCACAGUUCACCUGAACUCGUUAACAGUGUUAAUAAUAACAAUAAUUCAACCAAUAGUGGUAAUUCAGGGAUUCAUUGUUCACCCAAUGCAACCAUGUCAAGCCAUUCAUCUGAUAAUUCAUCUUCAACCCUGUCCAAGAAGGAAUAUGAUCGAGUUAAAAGACCAAUGAAUGCAUUCAUGGUUUGGUCACGAGCACAGCGUCGUCGGAUUGCCCUUGAAAACCCAAAGAUGCACAACUCUGAGAUAUCGAAGCGUCUUGGAACCAAAUGGAAACAUCUAAAUGAGAACGAGAAAAGACCUUUCAUUGAAGAGGCAAAACACUUACGUGCCCUUCACAUGAAGCAAUAUCCCGACUACAAGUAUAAACCUCGUCGUAAACCAAAGCCCAUGAUGACCAAACAACCCUGUCCAAUGCCAUACUUACAAGCACCUCUUGAUCUUCUCGGUUUCCAUCGAUCUUUCUCUCAUUCCCUGCACCUUCACCAAUCACACCAUGCAAAUCAACUGCACAAUCCCUCAGCACCCAAUUUACCUCCUUCACCACCCUCACAGUCACCAACCUCUUCAACCUCAUCGAAUCACAAUUCAUCUUCAGAUGCUCAUCGAGCUGCCUCAGCAUCAGCAGCAGCAGCAGCCGCUGCAGCGGCCGCAGCAGUUGCCUCUGGAAAUGGAUCAAUAAACAGUGUUCCAAGGUUCAUGCCUCCGUUUCCAGCCUCACAUUUACUUGGAUUUUAUUCACAAUAUUUUACCAAUUCGUUUUUGAAGCAACCAUUUGCUUCAGGAUUAUCCGUUAAUCAACAAAUCAACGAUUCAAUUGGUUCAACAAACAACUCCGAGUCAUCUGAAAAUGCGAUCUAAUAUUAUGUUACAAACAAUGGUACAAAGAAGCAGUGAAUCCCAAUGAUGAAGAGCAGUUUAUCGAACUCAACAUUUCAAUAGAAAAGGUUUUUGUUUAAUUGGAAGCUCGAAAAAUGUUCACUUUACUUUACCGACUAACAAUGUUCCAAUCCUUUUCUUUCAUUCAUUGUACCCAAUCACCUUUAUCAACCUAUCUAUCCACCUAUUACUCUGUCUUAUGAUUUGAUAUCUUUGCUCAUUCAUCCAUUGCAUGUUAAUAUUUAUUGCAAUUUAGUAAAUAAUUGGAAUUUUAAAAGAAACAAAAACUAAUUCUAAUGGUAAUUAUAAAGAAUCAAAAAAUGAAAAGAA